AUGGGCUCCUUCAAAUCAAACUCCAUCUCCAUUUUUUGUCUUGCUUCUCUUUUCUUACGCUAUACUAGUGCAGCUACAUUUGAAAUCAGUAACAAUUGUCCCUUCACAGUAUGGGCCGUUGCUAUACCUGGUGGCGGCAUGCAGCUUGACAACGGCCAAGCUUGGGCCAUCUUCCCUGGUGCAGGCACUAUACAGGGCCGAAUUUGGGCUCGAACAGGUUGCAUCUUCGACAGCUCCGGCAAAGGUGAAUGUCAAACGGGAGAUUGCAAUGGGCUACUCCAGUGUCAAGACUAUGGUGGUGCACCACCUAACACCCUAGCUGAAUAUGCCCUCAACCAACCCAAUAACUUGGAUUACUUCGAUAUAUCCCUUGUUGACGGGUUUAACGUGCCGAUGGAAUUUAGCCCCAUCUCCAAUGGGUGCACUCGUGGAAUCCGUUGCACUGGUGACAUCAAUGGCCAGUGUCCAAAUGAGUUGAAGGCACCCGGUGGCUGUAACAACCCAUGCACGGUAUUCAAGACAGACGUGUACUGUUGCGACUCUGGCAACUGUGGCCCCACGGACUAUUCUAAGUUUUUCAAGGACAGGUGCCCUGAUGCGUAUAGUUACCCUAAAGAUGAUGCAACUAGCACAUUUACUUGCCCUGGCGGAACUAAUUAUCGAGUGGUCUUUUGCCCUUGA